AGCCUAAGGUUUCUACGUGUUUAAACGGUUGCUUGGUUACAUUAGAACGAAGUUCCGCCCAGAGGAAUAGUUUACAUUUCAGGAAAUAUUGUUCGAUUGAUUCACGAUUGAUGCCAGCGUAUUUUGACUUUAAUGAAUCCCGUCAAAUAUAUUUAUUUAAUAGAUGUCACACUGUACCUUGUAAAUAAUUUGAACUAUCCGUUUUCAAGGAAGUGAGACUUGCAAGUCUCGCGAUAACUGACUUUUCAAGCUGUUAUGACCCAGAUUAAAUGGCUACUAAAGGCUAGCCUUGAUAACGUUAGCGAUAAAGUGCUGAUUAGUGAUAGAUAUUCAUGUUCUUUAACUGUAUUGACAAUUCAUACAUAUUUUGCUGGAGUAAAUGCUACGCAUGCAUUGCUGAUUGUUCUACUGGAGAAAUGGAAACGUCAGAACGAUGUCUGCUUUAACCAGAAAACUAAGUUAACGUUAGCAUUCAAGUCACAGGCAAGACCCGGGGACAUCUGAGGAUUCAUGUUAGCAACAGUGGCAGGGUUCAGUAUAGGAAACAUCCACCAUGAGAUUGAAGACAUCGCUGCUACAGGAACCCAAACAUAAGGAACUUGUGAGUUGUGUUGGCUGGACCACAGCAGAUGAAUUGUACUCCUGCAGUGAGGACCACCAGAUCCUCAAGUGGAACCUGCUGACCAGUGAGACCACUCUGGUUGUCAAAUUGCCAGAGGAUAUUUACCCCAUUGACCUGCACUGGUUUCCCAAAACUGUUGGUGGCAAGAAACAGAACCAGUCUGAGAUCUUUGUCCUCACCAGCACUGAUGGGAAAUUUCACCUUGCCUCUAAGAUGGGUCGCAUCGAGAAGAGUGUCGAAGCACACAAAGGGGCUGUUUUGGCUGGACGAUGGAACUAUGAUGGUACUGCUCUUAUCACAGCUGGAGAAGAUGGGCAGAUCAAGAUCUGGUCAAAAAGUGGGAUGCUACGCUCAACGCUGGCCAGCCAAGGGUCUCCUGUGUAUUCUGUGGCCUGGGGUCCCGACUCGGACAGAAUCCUCUUCACAUCAGGAAGACAGCUAGUCAUCAAGCCUCUGCAACCCAGUGCCAAAGUCAUACAGUGGAAGGCUCAUGACGGGGUUGUUCUGAAGGUGGACUGGAAUUCAGUGCAUGACCUCAUACUGUCAGGUGGAGAAGACUGUAAAUAUAAGGUAUGGGACAGCUUUGGCCGUCUGCUUUACUCCUCGUCGUCUCAUGACUACCCGAUCACCUCUUUGUCCUGGGCACCAGAUGGAGAGGUGUUUUCUGUGGGCUCCUUCAACACCCUGCGACUCUGUGACAAGACUGGAUGGUCCUAUGCGUUGGAGAAACCCAACACAGGCAGCGUGUUCAGCUUGGCUUGGUCUGCAGACGGCACCCAGCUAGCCGGGGCCUGCGGCAAUGGGAAUGUCAUCUUUGCGCAUGUGGUGGAGCAACACUGGGAGUGGAAGAACUUUGUGAUCACCCUUACCAAGAGGAGAACCAUGCAGGUGAGGAACGUGAUGAAUGACGCAGUGGAUGUGCUGGAGUUUAGAGAUCGAGUCAUCAAAGCCUCUCUGGCAUACGGUCACCUUGUGGUCGCCACUUCCCUCCAGUGCUAUGUGUACAACUCAAGAAACUGGAACACUCCCCUCAUCUUUGACCUGAAGGAGGGAACAGUGAGCCUCAUCCUGCAAGCAGAGAAAUAUUUUCUGCUAGUGGAUGGAGCUGGGUUGUAUAUGUACUCCUAUGAGGGCCGCUUGAUAUCUUCCCCCAAGUUCCCCGGUAUGAGAGCCGACAUUCUAAAUGCCCAGAGUGUCUCGCUUAGUAACGACAUCAUUGCCAUCCGGGACAAGAGCGAUGAAAAAGUCAUCCUUCUCUUUGACACCCUAACCGGGAAACCCCUUGGUGAUGGGAAGCCCUUAACUCAUAAGCUGGAGGUGUUGGAGGUAGCUCUCGACCAGUGUGGCCCAUCCACUGACAGGAAGAUUGCCCUGAUAGAUAAGAAUCGCGACCUUUAUUUGACUACUCUAUGCCAUCUCGGCCGAGAAUCCAAAAUCAGCAAAAUUGGCAGCAUGGUUCACAGUAUAGCAUGGAAUGAUGCUGCUAACAUCCUUUGUGGAGUCCAAGACAACCAGCUAACAGUGUGGUACUACCCGAGUGUGGCCUUCACUGACAAAGACCUGCUGCCAAAAACACUGUACAUAAAGGAUGGCAGUGAGUUCAGCCGUGCACCCCACAUUCUGAGCUACGUUGGCACCAAGGUGACGUUGCGUCAAGGGGACGGUUCACUCGUGUACAGCAGUGUGCCUCCCUACCCGACACUCCUGCACGAAUACAGCACCUCCGCACGCUGGGAGGAUGCACUGCGCCUCUGCCGCUUUGCCAAGGACCAAUGUUUGUGGGCAAGUCUUGCUGGUAUGGCUAUGGCAAACAGGGAGUUGACCACAGCAGAGAUGGCCUAUGCUGCCAUUGGGGAGUUACCGAGGGUGCAGUACAUCAGCUUUAUAAAGGAGCAGCCAUCAUCCCUGGCCCACAUGCUGAUGUUCAGUGGUCAGAUCCAGGAGGCUGAGGCCACUCUGUUACAAGCUGGUCUCAUCUACCAGGCCAUACAAAUCAACAUUGACCUUUUCAACUGGGAGAGGGCACUGGAGCUGGCAGUCAAACACAAGACCCAUGUGGACACCGUGCUGGCCUACAGGCAGAAGUUCCUACAGAAAUUUGGCAGGAGGGAGACCAACAAGAGAUUCCUGCAGUAUGCUGACGGGAUUGAGGUGGACUGGGAGAAAAUCCAGGCAAAGAUUGAAACUGAGUUGUCCAAAGAGAGAGAAAAAGCAGCUAAUGCCUCUGUGAGGAGCAGCGUGGCCUUGCGACGUUAAUGCUCGGGGGACCUUUCUCUGAAACAUCAGCUUUGGAGAAACUGACUCCCAUGUGUUUUUGACAUUUGGUGAAUAUUAGGUGGUUUGGCUUGGACUCGGAGUAAUAAAAAAUGUGCCGUACGCGAGGUACAAUGUCCACCAUUAUUUCCACGUACAUUAACUUCAAGUGAAAACAAAAGGGAACAUUUGGAGAUGUGUAGUCCAUUAGUAGGCCAUGAAGAAUAUGACACUCGAGCAACAACACCGUUAUGGCCUUUUUCGUCUUGUCAGCCUGUCGGUUGUUUUAGUGUGACAAGUUCAAAGUCGAUUGUUAUCUUUUUUCCGUUGGUCAAAAUUUACAUUGUGUACUCAGGCAUCCACAAAUGCUUCUGUUUGACUUUUGUCUUUUUGUACAUGUAGAUAUUUUUACAGUUUAUAUAUUCAAAACUUCUGUAAACCGUAAAAACCAUGUGAAUAAAACAGGUAGAAACAUUGUAUAUAUCCAUCCAAAA